UUCCGGUUCGACACUUUUCCAAUUUUCUAGGUUACUGUUCCGAUUUCCCUAAAUAUAGAUUUCGUCUCCACGAGCGAUUUCGAGAAGCACGAAAAUGGUGUCAACAACACGUCUCUUCACUCUCCUAUGCUUCGCCUUCUCAACCUUCCUGGCUGUUUCCGAAUCCAAACUCUUGGAGCCUCACGCCGCUGAGUCUUUCAAUGUCAGCCUCAUCCAGAAACUGGGGGCUAGUUGCUCUUAUACAGUGAUCAUCUCGACGAGCUGUUCGUCAUCGAGGUACACUCGCGAUCAAAUUAGCAUCGCUUUCGGAGAUGCAUACGGAAACCAGAUAUACGCACCAAGGCUUGACGAUCCCUCUACAAAGACGUUUGAGCAAUGUUCGUCAGACACAUUUGAGAUAAACGGACCAUGCACAUACCAAAUAUGCUAUGUGUAUCUCUACAGGUCUGGUCCCGACGGUUGGAUACCAGAGAGUGUAAAGAUAUACAGCCAUGACUCCAAAGCAGUCACCUUCCCUUAUAACACGAACGUCCCUGAGAGUAUAUGGUACGGUUUCAACUACUGCAACAGCGCCUCGGAUUCUAAUGCCCUAGCCAUUGCUCUCGGAAGGAUUGUGCUCAUACUGCUUGGGUUUAUUGUCGCCGGUACAACAUUGCUAUUGUAAGAUGUUGUGGUUAUGGUUUUCAUGUCGGGUUUGUGUAAACAUAUGAGUAGGACUUAUGCAGAAUAAUAUGUACUGUUAUUGAAAAAUUGGGUGUAUUGAUGAUAUCCCUUCGAA